UCACAGGCUAGGGAAUGUCAUGAGUUGGUGGAGAUGUUUUCAGAGAAAAUUUGAUGAUAUCCUUAAAGCAUUCCUGCUGUCCUUCCUGGAGGCUCCUUCAGUGACUCUGUAUUGAGUAAAGCAAUUGUUUUGGAUGUCUGGUAUCAGGCAUAGAAUUGAAGUAUCCUGCUCAAUCAAACUGAACUUGUGUAAUUGCUGCCUUGAUGCUGGGCAGUUUGGCUUGGGAGUUUAUUGAGAUUACAACUCUGGAGUGGGACUUGAAUCCUUGACUUCCUGACUCAGUGCUAAGAAAUCUAUCAACAGAGUCAUGGCUGAAACAUUACCUGGAAGAGAUUUUGUUUUUUGUUUACUGGUGCUUAUUAAAACCCAUUGGCAGUAUUUUAUGCUGGUAUCAGCUCUGAUUAUUAUAUUGCUAUGUGUGAGGGAUCAGAAGCUAACUGCUGGGAGCCAGUGUUUGGCCAGUAAAACUGUGCUCAGCACCUGGAAGGAGGCAAUGCCUGGGGAUGAUGAAGCAGGAUCUGAGCAGCAUGCAGCAAAAGCUCAGCAGGAAGCCUCUGAACCCAUGAGCGAGGAGAUGCUUCGCAAUGCGUACCACCUCUCCCGGCUGCGGAGUUCCUCUGUGGAAAUACGGGAGAAAGGAUCAGAACGGCUGAAGGAGGAGCUGGCAAAGGCGCAGAGGGAGCUGAAGCUCAAGGAUGAAGAAUGUGAGAAACUAUCUAAAGUGCGGGAGCAAUUGGAGCAGGAACUGGAAGAGCUGACAGCCAGUCUCUUUGAGGAAGCGCAUAAGAUGGUGCGGGAAGCAAACACUAAACAGGCCACAGCUGAGAAGCAACUCCGAGAAGCCCAAGGCAAGAUUGACAUGCUUUUGGCUGAGGUAACAGCACUGAAGACCCUUGUGAUUACAUCUACACCAUCUUCUCCGAAUAGGGAGCUGCACCCCCAGCUCCAGAGCCCCUCUAAGGUGGUCUUUAAGAAGGGCCAUAGUCGCAACAAAAGCUUGAGUAGUGCCAUUGUGACGGCAGCGACACAGAAUACCCAGUUAAAGCCAAUCAGCAAAGAUGGUAGGGAGGCAGGGGUGCCCACUCUCCUCUCUCUGCUGCUCUGCAUCGUACCUGGGAGGGCGAUUUAUGUCACACCUGAGCCGUAUGGGCAUCUUACCAAGCCAUCGUCAAUGCAGGAGCAUCAGAUCGACCUGAUUUUAUUCGAGGAGUUCCAAUCGUGGAAGGAGGAUCCAACCCUGGAUAAGGCUUGUCCAUUUCUGGAGAGGAUUUACCAGGAAGAUAUCAUCCCAUGUCUCUCCUUUGCCAAACAUGAGCUGACUGAAGCAGUCCAAGCUGCUGUGGAGAACAAUACUUUGAGUAUUGAGCCAGCUGCUGCCCAGGCAUUACCAGUCGUCAAGGCCUCAGCAAUAGAGUGUGGAGGACCAAAUGGGUGGCGGGCUGAAGUGUUGACGUAAGUGUUUACAUGGAUAUUCCUGAUCCUAAUGAACACUAACUUUUGUAAUCAGCCUUUACUCACAGUAUUAAUACAGCUUCUGUAAACUCCAUAGUGGCGCUGAAACCUAUUCCGACUGGGGCUAUAUGGUCUUGCAAUCUGUACUUUUCUGGAUUCUGGCUCUGAGUUGUAUUGGUGCAGUAAACACAUUGAAACCAGCAGGCAGCU